AUGACAAGCUCAGCGCCUUCACCUUUCGCCACCGCAAUCCCCAACAUGAACUACCAGCGCGAACCGCCAAAAACAGAAGAAAAGCAAACCCAAAUAAGUCUCACAAAGCCCAAGUCCAAGACCCUGCAACCACAACCCAAGCUCCGCCUACACGUCGAAGACCUCCGGCACCCAGCCUCAAGCAUCUUCCUCGCCUUCAUCCCAGACAUCGGCUCAACACUAGACACGGCCUUGAGCAACAUAAUCAAGCACCUAUACACGUCACCAAAACCAGAGUCAGAAGCAAAUACAUUCAAUCCCUCAAGACCAGCACCACAUACACCGCAUUUCACGCCUAGCAUUCCAUCAACCCGCUCUGUGACAGUCUUCCUCCGCGACUAUAGUGGCGUGGCUUAUACAACGGGCACGGAGCUAGAUGAUGCACACAAAGAGAUCCAUGUCUCGCUUCCCUAUGUGCAGUAUUGUACCUCCAAGGAUAAUCCGCUUCAUGAGUUAGUUGGCGUUCUAACGCAUGAGUUGGUCCAUUGUUAUCAGCAUACUGCUCCGCCGCCAGCUGAUGACAAAGAAGGCGAUGGCGAGGGCGAUGAUGAGGGUGAUAUUCCACGUCCACCAGGUGGCUUGAUAGAGGGCAUUGCCGAUUUCGUGAGGCUGAAGUCUGGGCUUGAGCCGCCUCAUUGGAAAAAGCCUCAGUCUAAGGAGGGGAGGUCUGAGAAGUGGGAUUCGGGCUAUCAGCAUACGGCUUUCUUUUUGGCUUGGCUUGAGGAUGUUAGGGUUGGGAAGGGGGCUGUUGGGAUGCUUAAUGAUCGGUUGCUUAGGGUUGGGUAUGUUGGUGAGGACGAAGAAGGGAAUGAAGCUGUGGGUGGUCGUGUUGGAUUUUGGAGGGGCUUGUUUGGGACUGGAGUUGCGGACCUGUGGGAAGAGUAUGGGUGUUAUUUGGAUGAUCCGGCUUGUGCUGAGAGGGCUGGUGGGAAUUGGGAGGAUGAGAUUGUGAAUCCGGAGUAA